AUGAAGUCGCAGAAGAUGCUGCGCGCCGCGGGCUGCUUCGCCGUGCUUCACUUCGCACUCGAAUCCGUUUCGGCUCAAAACUGCUACUAUCCCAACGGCGACGUCUCCCGAACUGAUGCCUCCUGCUCGGACGAUGGAGGUGCUUGUUGUCCGCUCGACUGGAUCUGCUUGAGCAAUGGGCUCUGCUGGCUCGAUGACUCCAAUGACUACUAUGGGAGGUACACCUGCACGGAUAGAAGCUGGGGCGACGACUGUCCGCAAUACUGUACCUCGAACAACACGGCUGCCGGUAAUGAAGCCAUUGUUCAGUGUGCAGAUGGAAGCUGGUGCUGCGACAAGAACAGAGAUCCUACCAAGGUCGACUGCUGUGACUGGGAUGAUAAGGAGACUAUCGACGUCGGGAAUCCCAUUCCUGUCACAAGGAUCGAGAGCACACCCACGGCGCCAUCCUCAGAUGCGCCUCCUACCACCACCAACAAGGCCGCCACGAGCGCCUCUGCCAGUGCUUCCACGACGUCUUCCAGCCAUUCCUCCUCCUCCUCCUCCUCCAUCACACCAACUUCUUCCACCUCCGAAUCUACAAUCACCACAACAGCCACUUCCUCCGACUCAGCCGGCGGCAUCGUGAUCAUCACCUCGAUUCUCACCACUCAGAUCCCCAUCAGCACCGGAAACGCCGACCCAUCAACCGCCGCACACCACGCCCCAUCCAACAACGGCAUCGUAAUCGGCCUCAGCGUCGCCAUCCCAGUCGCACUCCUCGCGCUCCUCCUCACAAUUUUCAUCCUCUGGCGUCGCAGAAAGCAAAAGCAGUACGCGCAACGCCAACCUCCCACUUCCGACUAUGCUCGCCACGACAUGAUCUCUGACAUGUACAGCCACUCCAAAACCGCCAACGAAAUCGACUCGUAUCCUGUUGCAGAUGUCUCCGGAGGCGGAGGAGGAAAAGAUCAGAGUCGCCCAAUUAGUGAACUCACGGGCUCGAGCCAUUUUUUUAUGACGCCGAAUAGUCCUGUGAGUACCACCACCAAAAACAGCAGCAGCAGCAACGGUAUCGUCAGUCCACCGGGGUAUAGUCCGAGUGUCGUCUACGGCGGUCCUGGAGACGGAGGAGGAACUACUCGAGGAGGAGGAGGAGGUGGUGGCUGCUGGACCACCAGCCCCCUUUUGCCAGGCGUAGCAGAGCAGCCUGAACCACAAGAGUUACCCGCGGAGGGAAAUUCUUCUUCUGCAGCAAGAAGAAGUGGUCUCGCGCAGCCUUCUCCAUUACCUGCAUUGCCCCAGCACCACCACCAACAAGGAUCCCAACCCAUGAUGCCGGAAGUGAAUCACGAUAUGGUGGGAGGCAGUAAUAAUACCACAUUCCAAUCCGGCCCGUACAGUCAAUUCUAUCAACCCUAUCGCCUCCCAACAGAAGCUCCGCCUGAGGUGGCGAAUGCAGCGGAAGCAGUAGGGACUGCUUCAGCGCAUCAACAACAGAUUCGAGCAGACCAUACCUCCUCGGCUAUGGGACAGAAGGAGGAAGAUGGUAGUAGCAGCAGUAGAAUGUUUGACGAGGAAAGAGGCAGAUUCAGUCCAGAUCCUCCACAGCCUGCUACUCAGGGAGGGUUGAGAGUAGUGAAUCAGUGA